GCGCAUUUGUUUACAUGAAAAAACAUCACCGAGUGUAUAACCUUUAUUUUGUCUAUUUAUUCUUAUUUAAUUACGUUUUCGAUUCUGAAAUUAAAAACUGAAAUUAUUAGAGAUUUUUAAUUUUAAAAAUGUCGGUUGUUAUUGAAACAACUAUUGGAGAUUUCACUGUUGAUUUGUUCACUAAUGAACGUCCACAAACAUGUCGGAAUUUUUUAAAAUUAUGCAAAAUAAAAUAUUACAAUUGGAGUUUAUUUCAUACAGUAGAAAGAGAAUUUAUCGCUCAAACUGGAGACCCUACCGGAACCGGUAAAGGUGGAGAAAGUGUAUACGGAAUGGUAUUAGGUGAAAAAGCCCGUUAUUACGAAGCUGAGCAGAUGCCCAAGAUUAAACAUGACCGGGUAGGUUUAUUGUCGAUGGUGAAUUGCGGAAAUAAUAUGCUUGGUUCACAAUUUUUUAUUACACUUGGUCGUAAUCUUCAAUCUCUCGACGGUGAGCACUGUGUGUUUGGAGAAAUUGUUGAAGGGAUCGAUGUAAUUUUAAAAUUUAAUCAGGCUAUUUGUGAUGAUGUGGGACAUCGUCCUCUUCAAGACAUACGUAUAUCCCAUACAGUUAUUCUAGAAGAUCCGUAUGAUGAUCCUAAAGGGUUGGAGAUUCCUGAUCGCAGUCCUGGGCCAACAGAAGAAUGUCUAAAGAGCGAUCGAAUCGGGGCUGAUGAAGCGAUAGAUGAUACGGCUGGUAUGACUGAAGAAGAAAUAAUUGAAAUGAGAAAAAAUAAGGAAGCUAAAGCAGCAGCGACUAUUCUUGAAAUUGUUGGUGAUAUUCCUGAUGCUGAUAUAGCACCACCUGAAAAUGUUUUGUUUGUUUGUAAACUGCAUCCUGAUACCAGUGACGAUGAUUUGGAAAUAAUUUUUGGCAGAUUUGGACAAAUAAUUGGAUGUGAAGUCAUUAGAGAUCAUAAGACCGGUGAUUCACUUCAAUAUGCUUUCAUUGAAUACGCCGAUCGUAAGAGCUGUGAAGAUGCAUAUUUCAAGAUGAACAACGUGUUGAUUGAUGACAGGAGAAUUAAGGUAGACUUCUCUCAGUCCGUUGCCAAAAUGCGCUGGAGAGGUAAAGGCAAAGGAAUUUUGCACCUCAAUGACAAUCAAGUCCAAAAUCGCAAUAUUAAAGAUGACCGAAAACGACCAAGAAGUCGGAGCAGAGAAAGAACUGAAAGAAAAAGAAGUAGAAGCAGAGGAAGAAAUGAGAGAAAAAGGAGUAAGAGUAGAGAAAGGAGAGAUCGCAGAAGGAGCAGGAGUAGAGACAGAAAAGUACGUCAAGAACGGCGGAGGAGUAAAGAAAGGGAACGGAACGAGCGUCGAGAACGAAGUCGAAGUCGAGAAAGAAAAGAUCGAAGACGCAGUCGAAGUAAGGAUAAGCGUAAUAAAUAUGAUCAUAAAAAACAUCGGUAAUCAUUGUAAUUGAUAGAAUUAAUAAAUUUGAUACAAAUUUCUGAAUA